AAAAGGCCGCUCCCAUACUUUCUGCUUUCGUCCCACAUUGCGCUCUUAAUCCACGAUUGACCAUUGGCUAUUAUGCUUAGAUGUUAUCCACAGUUAUGUGGGCAGCUCUCGAUCUCUUAGAGCCGUUGGCGAAAUGGAUGUUCAAAUGGCGUGAUGGAAUGGGCGAAGAAGCAGGAAACAAAAAAAAAAUCAACCAACAUGACAGACCGGGGAGCAGGACGCUUUAAAUUCUCCGACUGUCCGUACUCCGCGGAGUUGUUCAUACUGCCAAAAUCCUUAGCCCACCACCCAGUUGCUCUGAUUUGUCUCCCACGAUGGCGAGCUCGAACGACAAGAUGGCUGUAGAUGAUGCCACCGUCGUCAAUGAGAUCAAUACUACUGCUGCCCCUGUCGAUGACGAGGCCAAGAAAGGUCCAGAUGCCAUCGUCGAUUCAGAUGUUUCUUCGAAUUCCGAAAGCAAGGAUCGCAGGCGAUUCAAGGAAUUCAGCGAGGCCGCAUUUGAACAGACAGAGGACCCGAGAUUCUAUAAACCAAUCCCAGAAUACGAGGGCAUACACCGUUGGGACCCCGACUUCGACUGGACAGAGGCAGAAGAGACGAGGCUCAUCAGAAAGAUUGAUUGGAGAGUAUGCACAUUUGCGUGCAUCACGUUCUUUGCGCUACAGCUGGACCGUGGCAAUGUGGUUCAAGCAACAUCUGAUACCAUGCUUGCGGACCUCGGAAUGGACACCAAUGAUUACAAUACCGGUCAAACAAUCUUUUACUGCGCAUUCCUUUUCGCGGAGCUCCCAUCUCAGCUGAUAUCCAAGAAGCUCGGACCGGACCGAUGGAUUCCCAUACAGAUGUUUUCUUGGAGCUUGAUUGCUGCUUGCCAAGCUUUUCUUGAAAAUAAGACCGGAUACUACGUCUGCAGAGCACUUCUGGGAUUGUUUGAGGGUGGCUUCAUUCCUGAUACGAUCCUAUUUCUUUCGUUUUGGUACAAGUCGAAGGAACUACCAAUCCGACUCAGCUUUUUCUGGGUCUCCUACCAAGGAACCGCAAUUAUCGGCGCCUUCCUCGCAUUUGGAUUCCUCCAUAUUAGACGGGAUGAUGGAACCGGCGGGUGGAGAUACCUCUUUGCUUACGAAGGUCUGAUUACUGGAGUUAUUGCCAUUAUCGCCGCCUUCUGGAUGCCCCCUUCACCAACCCAGACAAAGGGAAUUCUCAGGGGUAAGAAUGGAUGGUUUAAUGAGCAUGAGGAGAAGAUCUUAGUUAAUCGGAUUAUCCGAGACGACCCUAGUAAGGGAACGAUGCACAACCGCCAAGCAGUCACCCCCAAGAUGCUCUGGAAAGCUCUUUGGGACUACGAUAUGUGGCCCAUCUACUUACUGGGUUUGACCUGGAUGAUCCCCAAUACCCCGGCAACGAGUUAUAUCUCCAUUCAACUGAAGUCAUUGGGAUUCUCCACGUUCCAAACCAAUUUGCUGACCAUCCCGGCUUACGUGAUCUUCAUCAUCAACCUUCUCUUCUGGACAUGGAUUUCUGAGCGCUUUGAUAUCCGUUUCCUGCUCGGAAUUGUUGCUGAGGUCUGGUGCCUGGUCCCCCUGAUCGCACUCGCUGUCCUUCCAGACAACACUAGUCCAUGGGCAUUAUGGAUUCUCAACGUGAUCCUAAUUGGCGCUCCUUAUGUGCAUGCUAUUGUUGUAGCCAUGACCUCCCGAAAUGCGGGAUCCGUGUCGACAAGGACAGUUGCUAGUGCGUUGUACAACAUGAUGGUUCAAGUCUCCAACAUCAUUGGCAACAACAUAUAUCGAGAACAAGAUAAGCCGCACUACCGUGUUGGAAAUCGUGUUCUUAUAGCCCUGGCAGCCUGGAGUUUGGCACUCUUCGUCGGAGCUAAGUACUACUACAUGUGGCGCAACAAGAAGAGGGCAGAAAUAUGGGAUAGGAUGUCGAGUGACGAACGGACAGCAUAUCUGGCUGCUAAUAGUAACAAAGGAAACAAACGACUCGAUUUUAGAUUUACUUACUAGAAGUCCGACACCGGAUGUCGGGACAACUUCCUUUGAAGUGCCCUUGGGCUAUGCCUACUCUGUAUAUUUGCUUAUGUUGAUAGACUUGCCAGAUACCUCCGCGAAGCGGGUAUAUUUUAGACGACAUCUUAAGGGAUAUAGAUGCAUAAAGAAUGUCAUGCAGGAUUAUAGAGAACAAUUUAUUAUUCACCUAUGAC